AUGAGCAAACCUCAAGUCGUUUUUGUCCUUGGAGGCCCUGGUGCAGGUAAGGGUACGCAAUGUUCCAACAUAGUAUCCAAAUUUGGAUUUGUCCACCUGUCUGCUGGUGACCUGUUACGAGCAGAACGCAGUAAACCUGACAGUAUGUUUGGAGAAUUGAUUGACAGUCAUAUCAAGAACGGUACAAUUGUACCAGUAGAAAUCACAUGUAAACUUAUUCAAAAUGCGAUGGAAGCAUCAGCAGCUAGUCGAUUUCUGAUUGAUGGAUUUCCACGAAAUAAAGACAAUAUGAUUGGCUGGGAUACAACAAUUGGAGACCAAGUUGAUCUUUUAUUUGUGCUGUUUCUAGAAUGUUCCGAAAAUGUAUGCAUAGAACGAUGCAUGAAAAGAGGUGCUGCUGGAAGUGGUCGUGCUGAUGAUAAUUUAGAAAGUUUAAAAAAGAGGAUUGUCACAUUUGUGAAUGAUUCUAUGCCGAUUAUAGAAUAUUUUAAAGAGAAGAAUUUAGUGAAAAGAGUUGAAGCCGAGAAAAAUGCUGAAGAUGUAUGGUCCGAUAUUAUUGAAUUAUUCAAAAACAUUUGA